AUUCUUCAGUUCUUCCUAGUCCGGGUUUUGCAUUUCGAAUGAAAAUGAACCCACAAAGCGUGAAAGUGUUCUAAGGGGGGAAACAAAGCCAGCAAGCAUGCUUCUGGUGCGCCAAGAUUAAUCAAUAUUCCAGAAACCCCGGGUUUCCCCCUCUCCCUCCCUGCGGAGUUUUCAUUUCCCCACUCCCCUUUCCCCCCGGCACAGACUCCUCCCCUUUUCUUAAGUUGCUUGAUAGUAACUUGCAAUUUCAGAGCACAUUUACACCGCGCUCGCCGCGUGUGCUUUCCGGCUCUACCUCCUGGGACGUUCACCUUGUCACUGCCUGGGGUAUCUUCCACGCGUUACAAAAUCAGAAAAGUUAUAUUCUCUAAUGCCAAAAAGAUCUGGCUUUCUGGGGGUGACCUGGAGACACUGAAGUACAAAGAAGACAUACUCGAGAUAAGUAAAAUAUGACUAAAAGCAACGGAGAAGAGCCCAGGACGGGGGGCAGGAUGGAGAGAUUUCAACAAGGAGUACGAAAGCGCACACUGUUAGCCAAGAAGAAAGUGCAGAACAUCACAAAGGAAGAUGUUAAAAGUUACCUAUUUCGGAAUGCUUUUGUGCUGCUCACUAUCACCGCUGUCAUUGUGGGUACAAUCCUUGGAUUUACCCUCCGACCAUACAAAAUGAGCUACCGGGAAGUCAAGUACUUCUCCUUUCCUGGUGAACUCUUGAUGAGGAUGUUACAGAUGCUGGUGUUACCCCUUAUCGUCUCCAGUCUUGUCACAGGAAUGGCGGCCCUAGAUAGUAAGGCAUCAGGGAAGAUGGGAAUGCGAGCUGUAGUCUAUUACAUGACUACAACCAUCAUUGCCGUGGUGAUUGGCAUAAUCAUUGUCAUCAUCAUCCAUCCUGGGAAGGGGACAAAGGAAAACAUGUACAGAGAAGGCAAAAUUGUACAAGUGACAGCUGCAGACGCUUUCCUGGACUUGAUCAGGAAUAUGUUCCCUCCAAACCUGGUGGAAGCCUGCUUUAAACAGUUCAAAACCAACUAUGAGAAGAGAAGCUUUAAAGUGCCCGUCCAGCCCAAUGAAACACUCGUGGGUGCCGUGAUAAACAAUGUGUCGGAGGCCAUGGAGACUCUCACCAGGAUCAAAGAGGAGCUGGUGCCAGUGGCCGGGUCUGUGAAUGGGGUCAAUGCCCUAGGACUUGUCGUCUUCUCCAUGUGCUUCGGCUUUGUGAUUGGAAACAUGAAGGAGCAGGGACAAGCCCUAAGGGACUUUUUUGAUUCUCUUAAUGAAGCCAUAAUGAGACUGGUAGCAGUGAUAAUGUGGUACGCCCCUCUGGGCAUCCUCUUCCUGAUUGCAGGGAAAAUUGUGGAGAUGGAAGACAUGGGCGUGAUAGGCGGGCAGCUUGCCAUGUACACAGUCACGGUCAUCGUAGGCUUGCUCAUUCACGCCGUCAUUGUCCUGCCCCUCCUGUAUUUCUUGGUAACUCGGAAAAACCCUUGGGUUUUUAUUGGAGGGUUGCUGCAAGCGCUCAUCACAGCUCUCGGAACUUCUUCCAGUUCUGCCACUCUACCCAUCACCUUCAAGUGCCUGGAAGAGAACAAUGGUGUGGACAAACGCAUCACCAGAUUCGUGCUCCCGGUCGGGGCCACCAUUAACAUGGACGGAACUGCCCUCUAUGAGGCUUUGGCUGCCAUUUUCAUCGCUCAAGUAAACAACUUUGACCUGAAUUUUGGACAGAUUAUUACAAUCAGCAUCACAGCCACGGCCGCCAGCAUCGGGGCAGCUGGGAUUCCUCAGGCGGGCCUGGUCACCAUGGUCAUCGUGCUGACAUCUGUGGGCCUGCCCACCGACGACAUCACCCUCAUCAUCGCGGUGGACUGGUUCCUGGAUCGCCUACGGACCACCACCAACGUGCUAGGAGACUCCCUGGGAGCCGGAAUUGUUGAGCACCUGUCACGACAUGAACUAAAGAACAGAGAUGUUGAAAUGGGUAAUUCAGUGAUCGAAGAGAAUGAAAUGAAGAAACCCUAUCAGCUGAUAGCCCAGGAAAAUGAAUCUGAGAAGCCCAUGGACAGUGAAACCAAGAUGUAAACUAACAACAAGAAAUGCUUUCUUGAGCACCAGGUGUUUGAAAACCAUUAUAAAAUGUUUCUAUCCCAUUACAGCUCAAUCUCUCCAGUAAACCUAUACCUUCCUUUUCCUCCACUCUGACAGGAUUGGGAGGUAUUUUUCGAAAUACAAGGGAGGAGUCUGCAGUGGCCAAAAUGUAUAGUUUUCAUUCAAAAUUUCAUUCAAAAUUCAUUUGAAAUUUUAAGUCAUUUCAUGUUAGUCUUAUCUAAUAAGGUACUGAAGUCAAAAAUAGUCUUGAUCAGAUCGUACACAUUUAUGUGGCACACCAUCCUGUAAAUGUGACUUUUUUUAUAAGUGGAAGAGUCAAAUAAAAGGCAAAAAUGCUUUUAAAUCAACUUUCAAAGUUUAAAAAUUUUUCAGAGUGCAAUUCAGUGUUAGCAUCAAAAUGAAACAACUGGAUAAACUAAAUUGGCUGUGUGCUGGACAGUGGAAGGGAGUUUUCCUUUUCUCUUCUGACAGGUCCUUAUUUUACAAUAUGCAUACAGACCUAGCAAAGCUGCAAAGAGGCACAUAUAAUAAAUUUUCUAUGUGGCCUGAGGCAAGCCACUUCUCAUUUCUACGUCUCAGUUUCCUCCUCUGUAAAAUGAGAAAGUUUCCUUGCUGCCUUUUAUGGUCUCUCCCAGUCCAGGCAUCCCGCGGCAAGAUGAGUAAGCCUGCCCUCUAUUUUCUCUCUGAAUAUCGAGUAGAAAGUAUCAUUCCAUAGAGCAUGAAAAAGGCCUUUUUUUGGGAGAAUGAACAUUUGAAGUAGGGGCCUGACAACUGCGUGGUUUACCAGGACCUGUGUCCAAAAUGUCAGUCAUCCAAGCCACCAGGCCAUUUCGGCAGUGAGUCUAUCGUGCCGCUUUUCACUCAGUUCUUUCCAACAGGAAAAUAUCCCCUUCUUUCCUACUCUCCCCAAUCUGAAGAGAGUGUUCUGGGAAAGUGUCUCCCAGCACUCUUCAACUGAUGCUAGACUUUCAGAAAAUCAAAAGACUAGCAGCUAGCAAGGAUGCACAUGGUCUUACUAUGGAACACUGAAGAGCCUGCUCUGAAAGAAUGGCUCGGAUUGACAUUAUAAAGAGUUUUUUAAAACAUCAGUCUAGAGGUUAUCCCUAGGAGAGGUUCAUCUGUGUGGAUUUCAGGUUAACCUGAAAUCCAUUUUCUCUUUAGUUCAGAAUCGUUUCCCAAGGAAGUCUGCACGUCAUGGUAUAAGUUCAUUUCUUAUAUCUUUUAAAGGAGUCUCAUGAAUGAGCUCUCUCUCAGAGAUCUGUGAGCUGGGUGGGUGGUCUCUUCUUUGAAAAGGUUUUUGAGCAUAAUCAUAAGUUCUUAGAAUGAGAGAAACAAGGCAUUUCUUUGUGCUGGAAUUCCACUUACCAAGUCAUUCAGGACUACCCACCACAGUCAGGUUCGGGUUGGUUUGGUUCGUGGGUUGGUUCAUGUCCUUGAGAGAGAUGGUAGGAAUUAAAUUAGUGUGAAGACAUUGUCAGUAGAGUUCCAAGAAAAGGAAAAGCAGGGACAUUAGUUUCAGGUAAGGCAGCUCCAGGUUUAUAGCAAAUUCAUUUUUUAACCAUGAAGGAAUUCCAUGCAAUCAUUGCAGAAUGAAAGUUGUCAAACAAUAGCAGCUGUGUUUGAUGGAAAAUGGUAAAGAAUGGACAUAAUUAUGCUAACAGACUGAAAAUAUAGACAUGCAUCCUCUGAUAUACAGGUAGAGAUAUUUUUAUUUAGAUUCCAAGCAUUACGUGUGUACAAAAGUUAACAUUAGGCCGUGGUGAAUAACCAUAUAAUGGUGAAGUUCUCUUUGGGAAGUAUACACUAUGAAAGUUAAUGUACGUGGCUGUUAUGACAUCAGUAGAGCAAAAAUUAAUCAUGUCAAAUUAAUUCUGUUACAUGGUGUGAUCUGUUUUUAUACUAACCACUUCUUAUGGAAAGCAGAUCCUCUAGGGUGAUCGUCUUGACAGCCCAUCACCGGCUCUGUAUACUCAUGCACCCAGAGUGGACCGAGAAGCAUUACUUUGUAGAUGUAUUUUCAAUAAAG